AUGUCAUUGCGCCGAAAAAAGGAUGAUUUGCUUCCAGCAAACCAGUUGAAAAAACCCAAGAUUAAGUCAACUCAAUCCUCUCAGAUGUUAUCAGAAUGGGAUAAAAUUGAAGAGGAUUGGUGUGAACAAAGAUGUAAUUCACUUAGCCGCGGACUGAUUCAAAUGGAAGCUCCUAAGCCAUCCAGGCCAUCUACCAGUGCUCUCAAUCUUUUCGAUGUGUACAAUGAUGGCAAUGAAAACGACUUUGAAAAUCAGUUUCCAGUUGACAAUGACGAAGAUGAUGAUCCUCUCUCUGACAUAUCAGAAUCGGAAGCCGAAUCGGUCGAUUCACACGAUUCCGAACAAUCAAUUGCUUCAGGUCCCGGAACUGGGUGUGUAGUCACUGCUGUGACUGGCGAUAACAACCAAAAACGUCGAAUCCGUGAGGAGAGACAAUGGCAGGAGGUGAUUGAACCCAUGUUCAAAGCCUAUAUGCUAUGUAAACAGCUCACACUCAACUGGAGUCGCGCUGUCACAUGGGAUUCUGACUGGAAAGAAGAUUGUCGAUGCUCGGCGGCAAAGAAACGUAUCCGGCACCUGGAGAUGAUGGACAUAAUGAGUAACUUCAUACCUUUAGAAAUACUGGAAUUUCUUAAGUCAUAA